CAGUGUUCAGUCAUUCCGCGCCGGCUCCGAGUCUGGACCACGUUCCCUGUGUUGCUGCCGACGUGAUCCGGACCAGGAGGCUAACAGCAUGGGUGGGAGGCUUGGCAGAAAGCGGAGAGGCUACAACGUGAGUGAGCCAGCGGAAAGUAGAACGGCCGCAGAGUCCACUGACAACCCUGAGGUGAAGCAAGUUGAGCCCAAGAACAAAGCUGUUUCAAAAGACCAAGUCAAGACAACUGGUGAGCCUCCUGAACAGUCAGCACGUGAAGCUCCCAAACAGGCAGAUGAAGGAGCUGGAGAGAAACAAGCAGCUUUGAUAACUACAGAUGUGGAAGCGGCAGAAAUAAGUGAAGUAGCAGUAGUGAGUACCUCUGAGCUUCCUCACGGCUCUGAAGUGCAAGGCAAAGUAAACUCUUCUGGUUUGGUCGAAGCAGAAAAGCAAUUGCCUGACCAGACAGCCCAUUAUCCUUUACCAGCGGCUGGCGAGCCAACCAAUGCUACUGUAGAGACUGACUUGACUGCUGAAGUUUCAGAAAGUGGCUCCAAUGUGGAAACUCUGAAGCCAGAUUUGGAGCUGGGAACAAGUGUGGCUGAAGACAUUUCAACUGAGAAAUCUAAUUUGGGUGAUCAAGCUGUGACAAGUCUGGAUGAACAAAUAGAAGAAAGCUGUGGAAACCUAGAUGUUGAAGCAGAUCCUGGUAAAGUUCUUAAAGGAGUUUCUGAAGAUGCAUCCCAUACUGCAGUGUCUUCGUCUGUCAAUCACGAGGCACCUUCACAAGAAACAGAAAUGUCUGUCCAGGAGACACCGCUUGAGUCUCCAGUUAAAUGUGACUCUUCUAAGGAAGACGAAGAACCAAAAUUGACAGCAAUAAUUGAAGAAACUCCUAUUGAUGUUGUGUUGAAGAAUGAAGUGGCCAUGUUUGCUGUUAUGGAGAAAGAUGUGAUUGAACCCAACACUGGAGAAGAGGUUCAGGGAGCAGAUAAUGAACCUCUUCAGUCUACCACCCAAGCAACAACUGAUUUUGGACAGCCACCUGACUGUGCACAGGAUAACUCUACUUCUGGAGGUAGUUGUGUUGCUGAAAUUGAAGAUCACGGCCUCUCAUUAAAAGAAUCUGAAAGUCCAUCUGUAGACUUGUCGCAAGUGGACUCCAGCAGUGUGACAGAUGCAGGCCAAGCAGAUCCAGUGACGGCAGAAUCUGCCCCAGAGGAUAACUGUCCAAGCACAGAAAGCGUGACUGAAACCAGCCAUGAACAGACUGUGGAGCUGAUCAGCUGCCAAGAUAGCAUGAAAGCUCACAGUGUGAUAGAUGCAGGCCAACCAGAUCCAGUGACUACAGAAUCUGCCCCAGAGGAUAAUAGUACAAACUUGGAAAAUGUGACUGAAACCAGCUGUGAACAGUCUGUGGAACCGAUUGGCUGCCAGGAUAGUGUGGAAGAAAUAUCUCUGCUAAAGACUAGUUCCGAACUAAUACCAGAUAUUAAACUCACUGUCUGUGGUGAAGGCUUACAAGAGGAAGAAUUGAAGGAUGAAACACAGCCAGUACCUGUGGAUGAAACAGUUGAAAACAUUGAUCAGGAUGCCAAUAUUGAUCCACAAGCAACAAAUGAUGUGCAGGAUGAGAAUCAGUCAGCGUUGGACUCAACUGAAAUAACCCUAGAAAUGCACAACCCUUCAGAUCAAAAAAUAGAGAAAGUGGAAACUUCAGGGGAUCCGACACCUGAAUCUCAAAGUUCAGCUCUUGUCGAAGAGGUUUCAGUAGAAGUGAACACUGAAGAAAUUAAUUCCACAGAGAACUGUACAGAUGGAAAACUAACUGAAUCCAUCACUAGCAAAGUUGAAGAUGAUCAUCCAGAGACUCCUGUGCCAAAUGGGACCACCUCAGAUAGAGAAUUAAAAAACCAGAGCCAAGUGGAAGUUACUGGACAAAAUAUCACUGCAGAAGUUGAAGAAAAUGUCCAUGUUAGUGGAUUGGAGCCGAUAGCAAGUAAAACCACUGAACAAGUGAUUGAAAAUCUUUCUCAGGAAUCCUGUCUUGCACUGAAUAAUGAAACUCUCAAUUCGGGGUCACCAGAUGUGAAUGUUGAACGAGAUGUGUUGGAAGCAGAGGCUCAUUAAGAUGAGGUUGAGAACCCAGAGUAAAUUAAGCAGAAGGUGGAAGGUUGGCUGGAAUUUGGACUUGUUCAAACCAGCUAGUGCCGAGUUUGAUUUGAGAAGGAAUCUCCAAGCUUUUGCUGCAAGCAGAAUAGUGACUCAACUUGAAGUUUUUGAAAAUCUUGACUAGUUCCACAAUCCUCUGCUUAAGUAUGUUCACUUGAAGAAUGCACCAAAAAAACACUGGAAGAUUAAAAUUGAGAUUCUGCCUUAUACCAUAGCUUUCAGUAUGCAAGAUGUUGGGUCUUAGUAGUACACCUUUAAAAAGCAUGUUAAUCUAAAAGGGUUGUUCAGAAGACUUGAACUCUUGAUAAUUUAAGUCUAAAUUUAGUCUUCAAUUUGCAUAAUAUGCUUUGAGGUCAGUUAUUAAUUGGAUCAUGAGGAUUUUUAAAAUUUAAUAAAGUGUCAUAUUAUC